AUGGAUACGACAUUUAGCACUCCUGAAUCAUUUACGGAGUCUCCUUUUUCAAUGGAUACGACAUUUAGCACUCCUGAAUCAUUUACGGAGUCUCCUUUUUCAAUGGAUACGACAGAGAAUACAACAUCGAACGACAACGGUUCUGCUAGUCAACCAUCGUCCACAGAAGUUUCUGUAACGUAUAGCAGUAUUUCACCCGGUUACGAUACAGAAGAUUCAGCGAACAUCAGCCCUGUGACAACAUCAUCUACCUCUACGGUUAUAUCCAGUGACACAACGUCAACAUCUACUUUAACACCAACAAUAACACCAUCAUUGAGGUUUGAUAAUCUAACACAGGUCAUACUCAAGUUUCGUAUUUAUACAACUGAAGAAAUUAAUCAAACACUACUCUACGAUCUGAGACAUGCUCUUCGUCCACCUAAUGAAAACCAAAUUUCUUUAUUUCACUUAUCAUCAUCUAUUGUAAAAGAAUUGAAAGAGAUAAUAGCUACCAUUCGCUUUUAUAAUAGUGACACUCAGACUGCCGAGAAACUGUAUGAUAAUUUUGUGAAACAAUUACAAGAUAGUAAUUCAAUAUUAAAAAACGGUAGUAUUACAUCUCGCCUAAAUCUCGACUCGAUUAUCGAAAAGAAAAUAUUAUACAUUUGUUCAUCUCAAGAUAGCCAGGCGACGCAAGAAACACCUUGUGGUUCAACGACAUCACCAAAUCGAUCAAUAAUAGUUGCUGCAGUUGUUCCAUCAGUUAUCAUAUUUCUUUUAAUUCUAUGCUUAGUCAUUUUCUUGUUUGUGAGACAUAAAAAACGACAACAAACACCUUCUUUUAGUAGACGAAAAAGAGUUUAA